UUAGAUUAGGUAGCGAUUGGUGGUGGCCUGAGAGUAGUGGAACUAAUACUAAGUAGGUUCUACGCAUUACACUUUCUUCCUUUCUCUUUCCAUUUUCCAUCUGACAAAUGGCUAGGUCUGCCAAAGGGCAUCAAGAUGAAUUCGACGACGACGAUGAAGAAGAACUCUUAACUGCUAACACCUCUUCCUCUCUCAACAACAAAGUGAAGGUGGAUGAACCCAGCGCGGGGAAGAGGGUCAACCCGCACCGUUCAAAGCAUUCAGAGACUGAGCAACGUAGAAGGAGCAAGAUUAACGAAAGGUUUCAAGUUCUGAGAGAUCUCAUACCUCAAAAUGAUCAAAAAAGAGACAAGGCAUCCUUCUUGUUGGAGGUUAUUGAGUAUAUUCAGUUCCUACAGGAAAAAUUGCAAAUUUACGAACAGUCUUAUGAAGGAUGGAAUCAGGAGCCAGCGAAAUUAAUUCCAUGGAGAAAUCAUCAUGGACCUGCAGAAAAUACCACAGUUCCUUCUCAAGCUAUACAAAAUGGAUCUGUUAAUGAGAAAAAUAACAAUGUCUCUCCAUCAUUGCCCAAAAAUGUACAGAACCCAAUAGAGUCUGACUUCUCAUUGACAACUAUUCCAAAGGGGCACACCCCUGGUUCAGCCGCAGAAGCAAUUCCUAUGGCCAUGCAAAUGAGAUUGGACAUGUUUGAUCCGGUUGUUAGCAGUGGUAUGGCAACCCAACAUCUGCAGGAACCUGUAUCAAUUGUUGACAUGCCUUCCCAUACUCAGCCUCAAGUGUGGCUUAAUAGACCACACAAGGGAAGCUAUAUUCUUCCACAUGAUAAUACAGUGAAGGAACAGGAAGAGCAGGUGGUCGAGAGUGGAUCAGAUAGCAUCUCAAGUGCAUAUUCUCAGGGAAUAUUAGAUACUCUCACGCAAGUGCUGCAGUCUUCGGGUGUAGAUAUGUCCCAGGCUAGUGUCUCGGUGCAAAUUGAUGUUGGUAGACGUGCAAAUACUGAGUUGAUCCCCACUGCAUAUAGUUCAAAGAGUCUUGAAAACCAAUUUGUGAGCAACCCACCAGUAACACGUUCCGGAGUUGAUUACUGCAAUAUUGAUUCUGAACAGAAUCCAAAGAGGCUUAGACAAGAAGCAAGCUAGAGAUCCCCCUCAUGUUCAUUUUGUCAGGAGUUUCAUUUUUUUGUUGUCUUCAGAUGAGGGUAAAAGAGGGAUUGGGUGGAUUGGUUCAUUUUUUGCCAUGCUGGCUAGAGCCAGAUAAAAUGUAUAUUUCAUGAUUCUGAUUUUGGGACCAAGACAUUCUGAAAUAAAAUGUUACAUAUGCCCGUGCUUCUAUUUGAA